AUGGCUCUUGCUCAGAGUGACGUCGCAGAUCCGACAUGCUCGGGCGAGUGUGAAGCGGAGGAGCCCCUGGCGACGCCAGAGGUUGUUCUACUAUGGCCGGACGAAGGAAGAGUCUUCAAGAAUGGCAGCAACAUCGUCGCUGCCCUGGUGACGGCGAGGUUUGACACGCCUAGGGAGGGCUACAUCCACCUCCUCCUCAAUGGGUACCCUGAAGCGAACUUUACCCCGCAUGCGCAGGACACGGAGGGAAACAGGCGUCUUCACAUCGUGCUUCCGCCCAUCGCAGACGGGGGAGUGUCGGUAGAGGUUCAGUGUCGAUCGCCAAAAGGGAAACUGCUGGCCAAGGCAGGAGCAACGUUCUUUGUUCAGAGUAAUAUAUCGCUGCCAUCAACAAAGUCGUCUAUGAUAUGGGAGAAGCCAGGAUCUUGCCAUGACGUCGGAUUCUGCGAUCAGAGGAAAGAUUGUAACAACCACGGGGAAUGUCGCAAUGGAGCUUGUAUUUGUGAUGCAAACUGGGCGGGUAAGCCUUUUGUCAUCGUUUUUCAUGGGAAGGACGAGAUAAAUGAUGAUGGCGACGAUGAUGAUGACGAUGACGAUGACGACGACGACGACGACGAUGACGAUGAUAUGAUGAUGAUGAUGGAGUCGAGACUGAUGGAUAUGAUGAUAAUGGAGACGAUGGUAGGAGAGAUGAUGACCGUUGAGAUGAGAAACAUGACGAUACUGCUGUUUUCAAGGUUGGUGGUGGUGGUGGUGAUGAUGAUGGCGAUGGUGAUUGAUGAUAAUCCUGAUGAUGAUGCUGAUGCUGAUGCUGAUGAUGCUGCCGAUGGUGACAUCUUGCUUUCAGGGGACACUUGCGAUCAUGACAUCUUGAACAAUCCAACGUAUCUGCCUGACAUCCAUCCCCUCGAAUCGCCCUCCUUGUGCCACAAGUCAGCUUCAUGGGAAAACUUGUCUGCGAUGCUGCUGAAGGAGCUUCAAAGUUUACACUCACUUGGCCAUUGCUCUGACGAGAGCAGAGUCAUGUGGUUUGCUGCUCCUCAUCAUGGUCUGGGAGGAAACAUGCACAUCCUUACCGUCGCGCUCACACACGCGCUUGCGAACUCCAGGGCGAUGGGAGUUGUGUGA